CUGUGCGCUUCGAGGAGAAUUGACCAAUGACUCUAAUCAACCCUAACCCUAGUAGUCCGCAGAGGGGUACGUCACUGAGGGGCUGUGUUCAGUUCCCGUCUCCUUCCGCUUCCACUCCCAGGACCCCGGAACAGCAUCGCUUUCCCGGCGUGAGAUGAGAUUCAGGUUCCGCUCCAUUGUUGGCGCUCUUGGUGCUUGAUUGCACCGUGUCAUGCUGCCUUUGAUCGUAUCAUUCCAUCUGUCGGACUGGACUUGACCAUCAACAUCCACGGCGUUUCUACUUGGCACUGCUGCUGUUUGUACCUUUCUUCUCUUGCAAUACCAAUCAACCUUUUAUGAUCUGAACAUCUCCGUUUACUCCUACGUCCAUUGACACCGUGACCAUUAUGGCGGAACCAGAGGUAGCAACGAAAUCCCCCGAGAGCGACGCACUCGAGGACAUUCCCGUCGCCGAGCCUACUACUGUACCUUCUAAUACAGUCGAUUCAUCUUCGACCUCUGCUGCCGCGCCAGCUCCAGCUUUGUGCGAUAACUGUACUUCAGACAGACCUACUCCUGCUGGGCAAAAAUCGACGGGUGAGAUCAUCAAGCUCAAUGAUAUUGACGUAUACGUCUCGAAACCGGCCGACUACCCUCACACCCCAGCCAAGCUGCUCCUCCUCCUAACAGGCGGCACCGGUCUUCAUAGCGUCAACAACCAGAUUCAAGCCGACAGGUUUGCCCAAGAUGGUGGCUUUGUCGUGGUCAUGCCCGACCUUUUCGAAGGUGAUCCAGCACCCAACUCGACGACCGCACUAAGCCCCGAGGAGCUCCCUGCCACUGACGCAGGCACGGGCUCGACUGCCCCGACAUCAUCAUUCCUCGAUAUCUUCAAGAUCAAAGCCGCCGAGACAGCCAAGAGUUUCCUCAUCGACAUGUGGCUAGCCCGCCAUACCGAAGACAAGAUCAUGCCCAUCCUGAAGAAGGUCUUGGACGGCGUACGCGAUGAGUUUGCUGAUGCGGUAGCCUACGGCGACGGAAUCUAUGCGGCAGGAUAUUGCAUCGGCGGUCGAUAUGUUCUCUUGCUGGCGCGCGAGCAAACUAAUGCUCCGCGGAAGGCCUCGAUCAGCGAAGGGCUGGGCGGGAUUACGCUUCCAUGGGCGCAUAAGCCUGCUGCUCCUCCUCCUGCUCCUACUGAUCUGGGCAGUAGUGAAGGCAACACUCAGGGCGGUGAUGGUGUUGAAGCGAAUAGACGGAAUAAGACGUCGGGCCCGUGGAUCAAGGCGGGAGCGAUCGCGCAUGCCACGUUGGUGUCAAAGGAAGAUUUCAAGGGCCUGAAGGCCCCCAUUAGUAUGGUCUCGGUGGAGAAUGACCCCAUGUUCCCGGAUGAGGUGCGCAUGGCGGGCGAGGAUUACAUGAGCCACAACAACGUUGAGCACGAGGUACAGGUGUAUCCCGGUGUGCCUCAUGGCUUUGCAGUUGUGGGAGAAUAUGAGGAUGCUCAUAUCAAGGAGGCACAAGUAACCGCCUUUGAGCAGAUGCUAAAGUGGCUUGCGGAGCAUUAAUUGAUGUCUUGUUGAUGAGUAUUGGCGUUUCCCACUGUAUACGGCGCUCGGGUUUUAUUGCAGGUUAAGGAGAUGACAAAGGGGUA